GCAGAGUUUGGGUGAAAAGCUUCGCUCAGACAUUCACUUAGCAGCUGUGGGGGCUUGUGAGAGUCUCUUCUUCUUCUUGGGUGUUGGGAGUCGCUAGUUGUUGUCACUUCUGCCUGGUGUCUAGUCGAGCCUCUUUCUCUGUUCUGUUAGCUAGAUCCUCUCCUGUUGUCACUGCUGCCUGUAGCUGACACUCUGCAAACAUAGGACCUGUUGGAUUAUGGACUGUUAACAGACCUACGUUACUACACACCAGGUGAGCUGUUACUAUAGUAACCACCAGUCAUGGGGAAGCAGAACAGCAAACUCCGCCCAGAGGUGAUGCAGGAUCUGCUGGAGAGCACAGACUUCACAGAGCAUGAGAUCCAGGAGUGGUAUAAGGGCUUCCUGAGAGACUGCCCCAGCGGGAACCUCUCCAUGGAGGAGUUUAAGAAGAUCUACGGUAACUUCUUCCCUUACGGAGACGCCUCCAAGUUCGCAGAGCACGUCUUCCGCACCUUCGACGCCAACGGGGACGGGACCAUAGACUUCCGGGAGUUCAUCAUCGCUCUGAGCGUCACGUCGCGGGGCAAGCUGGAGCAAAAAUUGAAGUGGGCCUUCAGCAUGUAUGACCUGGACGGGAACGGAUACAUCAGCAAGUCUGAGAUGCUGGAGAUCGUACAGGCGAUCUAUAAGAUGGUGUCGUCUGUGAUGAAGAUGCCAGAAGACGAGUCUACUCCAGAGAAGAGAACAGAGAAGAUCUUCAGACAGAUGGACACCAACAGAGACGGUAAACUGUCUCUGGAAGAGUUCAUUAAAGGGGCUAAAAGUGACCCCUCCAUCGUGCGUCUGUUACAGUGUGACCCCAGCAGCGCUGGGCAGUUCUAAACCGCCCUACCUUGGGGGUCAAGACAAUUGUUUAUUUGGGUGAAUCCAAAUAGCCCCUCCCCCCCUCCACCUUUGGAGCAAACUGAUGAAGAAGACAAGCCUUCAAAUGAUGACACUGAAGACAACGGGCCAAUGAGAGCCAGCCAUGUUCUCCAGACUCCUCCUCCUCUAACCACUCCCAGCAGCAACCUGAAACAUCUCCAGGAUCUCAUGAUCCCAGUCAUGAUGUGAUCCAGUCCACUCGCCGUGUAUUUGAUAAGUCCUAGGGUUUACAUCCCAAAUCACACCCUGUUCCCUGUAUAGCAGUACCUUAAGCCCGGUAGGCCCUGGUCUGCACUACGUAGGGAAUAGGGCCCUGGUCUGCAGUAGUGCACUACGUAGGGAAUAGGGCCCUGGUCUGCCGUAGUGCACUACGUAGGGAAUAGGGCUCUGGUCUGCCGUAGUGCACUACGUAGUACCACAACGCUCCGUACUGGACACACCCACUGCCCUCAACUAGGUCCUCCUAGCUCCUGUGUGUAUCGUAAACAGUUAGAGAGGGAAUGAGAGAGGGAAUGAGAGAGGGAAUGAGAGAGGGAAUGAGAGAGGGAAUGAGAGAGGGAAUGAGAGAGGGAAUGAGAGAGAGAAUGA